UGUUAAACUUCUGUGCCCAAAACAGCUGACUGUGGUUUGUAUGAAAAUGGGAACGUUACGGUUAUGUUCCUGUUACGGCAGACGAGGGAUUGCGGCCACUUGGGGCAAUGGUUUGUGUUAUUCGGAAGCCCCCACUACAGCACCCAUUAGCUCGCGGCAGGGGCGGCGUCUGGCUUCAACUGAGGCGGGGGCAGUGGCCACAUCUCAACUUCAAGUGGAGCUAGCAAAUGCCAGCGGAAUGGUCGGAUUUUGGCAAACUUUGUCCAAUAGCACACCUGUAGCUUAUAUGCAGGAGGCUCUAACACAGAUCCACGAUUACAGCGGAUUGCCCUGGUGGGCGUCCAUUGUGGCCUCCACGCUUCUAUUUCGUGGUGUUGUAACAUUGCCUCUGACCAUUUACCAACACAAGAUUACAGCCCGAAUCGAAAAGAUUGCUCUGGAAAUGCCGGCCAUAGUAGAAGAGCUGAAAAGGGAGGCAGCCAUGGCCAAACACAAAUUCAAAUGGAGCGACAAGCAAACUCAAGUCGUCUACAGACGUUCGAUUAAAAAACAAUGGCAAAAAUUGAUAGUACGCGACAAUUGUCAUCCAAUGAAAACUCUUAUUGUUCUCUGGGGACAAAUCCCUUUGUGGAUUUUUCAAUCUGUGGCACUGCGAAAUUUGGUCUACAUGCUGCCCGAUCCCACAACACUGAAAGCCCAAAUAAUAGCCACCGAAAUGACGAUAGGAGGCUUCGGUUGGAUUCCAAACCUCACUGUGGUCGAUCAGUCAUACAUUCUGCCCGUGGCCCUAGGCCUUAUUAAUUUGGGCAUCAUCGAGCUGCAGUCCAUGACGCGAACACGUCCCGCUACACGUCUACAGAAUGUAAUGAACAAUGUAUUCCGUGGCCUGAGCAUUGUUAUGAUUCCAGUUGCUUGUACUGUGCCAUCCGCACUCUGCGUCUACUGGGUAGCCUCCAGUAGCUUUGGUCUGGCUCAGAAUCUGUUUUUGCUCUCGCCGGAAGUGCGACGUGCUGUGGGAAUCCCUAAAACGAAGGCAGAACUUGAGCAGCCAUACGAUCAACUGUGGUUAAAGAUACAACAACGUACAGGCCAAAUUGAAUCUGGCGCCGAGCAGAAGUCCGCUGAUAAGAACUAG